CUGUCAGUAUCUCGUGAGAUAUGAAGCUGAAAAGGACGAAAGAGAAGAACUCUGCAAAUGGAUAUUACCGCUGGGAUUGCCUGUGGAGUGUAAUGGAUUUAGCAUUAACGCAUGGAUCUUUACAGUAUCUUCGCCGCACGACACGUUUUUUUCUUUGCCAGAAGUAGGUCCCCAUCACCCGCCGCCAUGGGGAAUAUGUUCGCAGGGCUCUUCAAAAUGUUCGGGAAGAAGGAGAUGAGGAUACUGAUGGUGGGUCUCGACGCUGCCGGAAAGACGACGAUUUUGUACAAGCUAAAACUUGGAGAGAUCGUAACUACCAUUCCCACGAUAGGUUUUAACGUAGAGACAGUCGAGUACAAGAACAUCAGCUUCACAGUGUGGGACGUCGGAGGUCAAGACAAGAUUCGACCGCUGUGGCGUCACUACUUCCAGAACACACAGGGUCUCAUCUUUGUUGUGGACAGCAACGACAGAGAGCGAUGUGCGGAGGCGCGUGAGGAGCUCUUGAGGAUGUUGGCAGAGGACGAGCUGCGCGAUGCCGUGCUACUAGUGUUCGCCAACAAGCAGGAUCUUCCAAAUGCCAUGAAUGCGGCCGAACUGACAGACAAGAUGAAUCUCCACUCCCUGCGUAACAGACACUGGUACAUCCAGGCAACCUGUGCCACCACUGGAGACGGCCUCUAUGAAGGACUAGACUGGUUGUCUAAUCAGCUCAAGAACCAUUAAUAACCACAACUAUCCAAAAAUGAAUCUACUCCACCCAAUCUGUCAUUUCGCUCUUUUACCCUUAAGGUGUCGCCAAAAAAAAAAAAAAAAAAAAACUGAGUUGCCCUGUACUGGAAGCUUUCCUCACCUCAGGUGUUUAUUAUCACAAACCUACAGGCAGUUAUUGGGGGUGAUCUAUUCUUGUAAAGCUGUUGUAUUUUAUUUUAUUUUUUUUCUUAUUUUAUGGAACUGUAAAUAUACCUGGUAAUGGGGGCAACUGAUUGCACUCUUUGAAAAAUCCUGCCGUGGUUAUUUCUCUUUCUGGCUGUCGGGCAGCCAUGUGUGCAUUGACUUAAAACUAAAAAAGAAAAGAAAAGAAAAAAAGGGAGGCAAGGAGUUUACCAGCACAUGUUGGCCCCAGGACCUCAAUUCAAUCUAAUGGCUUCUUAUUAUCUGGUCACAUGUACUGUAGGGACUGAUCACCGAGGGGCUUUUCAUGUUUUAAAAAACUGAACUAUACACUGAUGCACUACUUGCAGCUACGAAGGCAACUUUGUACCAAUGACUACAUGUACCAGCCCUUCAAAUGAUCAUUAGCGAACACUGGCAUUGAUUAUUGGUACUCUACACCGACAUCACUCCUUUCUGUGAACACUCACCAGCCUUUGUUAUUGUGUGAUGGCUUAAACUGAAAAACAAAAAGCAAAAAAGAACUACCUGCUCUUUUUGUAGUUGGGGAAGGCAGUCUGUGGAACCUGCAUUGGAUUUUUUAUAUUUUAGUCUCAGGUUGAUCAUGUGCUGCCUUUCCAAUGUACCUGUUAGCAAAACUGCAUGAUGUUAUCCGUUGGUUUUUAAGGGCAUGUAUAUCUACUGGGUGUUUACGUUGUAAGGCAGCAGAGGAACUAUUACCCCACUUAGUACUUAUUUCCACUUUCCCUACACUGUUUGUUUUGUGAGAGGCAACUGUAAGGAGCAGCUCAGUGUGUUCACUAAAGCCUCCGACCAGUAACGCCUUCUUUUUAUUUAACCCACUGUAGGAAAUUGAAUUCAUAUGGCAAUACAAAAUUAGCUACGUCUUUUAACUAGUGCCAAUAUUUCUUCCUUUUGCAGCACAUUGUCCUUGGGGCAGAUAAUAGACCACACAAAUGCCUUUUUUUUUUUUUUUUUAAAUUAUAUAUCCAAAAAUUGCCUCUUUUUAUUUCUAAAAAGGUGUGGGUGUUAACUUUACGUCUUGUGGGUGCAUUAAUCUUUUUUUUUUCCUUUGAUUUAUAGUUGCCUAAAUGUGAUAUUAACCUCUUGAGUUCAUGUAUGUUUUUAUGUAAAGCUUUUGUUUUGUGAGGAAAAAAAAGCACUGUUGAUUAAAAGUAACUGGAUACAAAA